CAAAUAAUGGAGAUUUGAAUUUCGUUCUUUACAAAAUAUUUUGGUUUAUCUUUUCAAAUUUAGACUUAAUAUUUUAACCAUGAAAACUUUAUUUCAAAUCGUUUGCUUCAUAUCACUUAUCUACACAUUAGCAUCGACAAAUAUCGACUGUGGUUUCAACUUCAACAACAAUUACUGGGUUUUGGGUAGAAUUUAUUGUUGUCAUGUUAAAAAUGAUCCAAAUAUCGAUUCUCUUCAAUCAUCAAACGUAAAUUCAUCAUCUGGCAUGCAUUUUCCUGGAAAGUCUAACUUCAAUGUAAACGGAAUUGAUUCUUAUCAGAAAACAAUUCAAUAUUUUCCAAUUGGAUUAGACAAAGUUUUUGACAACUUAAAGCUUAUAAGCAUUUGGCAUGGAAGAAUCAAAGAAAUUCAUCAAUCUGAUUUAAAGCCAUUUCAAAAAUUAGUUUAUCUCAGUUUGCAUAAGAACAACAUUGAAAUCAUUGAAGAUGGACUUUUUGAUUUCAAUCCGAAUCUUGAAGUAAUUACUUUAUCGAAUAAUCGGAUUUCACAUAUUGAUCAAUUUGUUUUUGAUAAUUUAGUCAAACUUGCUUAUUUAGGAUUUGAUGCAAAUCCUUGCAUCAACAUGGAAGCUCGAGCAAGUCAAGCUAUGGUCAGAGACAUAGUGAGAAUUGUUAAAAGUAAAUGUAACAAUCCUAACAUUUUACGAAGUCGUCAAGACACAAAUGCAAUUGGAAGAUCAAGAAAUUUGGAAUUUACUGAAUUAAAUGAUGACAGUUCUGAAGAUCACGAAAAAAUGAGUCAAAUGAUUAUAAUAUUGAGUGAAAAAGUUGCAAAGCUUGAGGAGAAAUUGAAGAAUAUGACUGAUUCAGAAACUGUUAAGAGGACUUAAGAACAUUUAAUAAAUAAUGUUGGGACAAAUUUGAAUUCUUCUUAAUUUUCACUUUUUUUAAUUAAUAAUUCAUUAAAUACACAAGGAAAGCUUCUG